GCAGAACGGCAAUUACAGAAGCAACAUAAUAUCUCAGGUGAAUUCACUAACAGGACGCAAAUAUCUGCAAUUAAUGAUCAAUGGCGUAACGGUCAAUCUGCAAAUCGAUACUGCCUCAGAUAUCACCAUAAUAUCGGAGGAAACGUGGACCAAACUAGGAAAGCCUCAAUGUUUCCCAACGAAAAAUUUAGUCAAAAAUGCAAGCGGUCAACAACUUCCUCUCAUUUCAGAAUUCAAAUGCAACAUAGCCUUUAACAAUCAAUCAUAUUCAGGAAAAUGCUAUGUUAGUCCAGUGAAGAAUCUCAAUUUAUUGGGAAUCGAUUGGAUCACGAUGUUUGGAUUGUGGGACAUUCCACUGAAUUCUAUUUGUAAUGUGAUGUCUGUGUCAAGAAAAGAUAUGUUACCCUCAAUUCCGAAUAGUAGUCCACAAAAUGUUCAAGAUGAGGAAUAUAUAAUUUCUUCAAUAAGAAUUGAAGCAGAGGUCCUACAGAUUCUGAAUAUUGCCAUUGAUGCACUUCCAGUUACUCACAGGAUGAUUCAACAAGAAACUUCCAAAUGCAGGAACCUUCAAACCAUAAUUGAAUACGUACAAAAGGAUACCUGGCCAAGAAAUGUUGAAUUGAAUAAAGAACUCAAAUCAUUCUACGAUAGAAGAGAUAACCUUUCAGUCGUUGAUGGAUGUUUGAUGUUCGCAGAACGCGUGGUAGUUCCAGAAAUUUUCAAGCGUCGUAUUCUGCACCGAUUACAUAAAGGUCAUCCAGGACAAGAAAGAAUGAAAUCCCUUGCAAGGAGUUACGUUUACUGGAGAAAUAUUGAUGCAGAUAUUCAAGAUUUCGUCAGAAAAUGUUCAAGUUGUGCUGAAGCCGCAAAAUCUCCUCCGAGAAUUCCAUUUUCGCCAUGGACUACACCGGAAGGACCCUGGCAACGACUUCAUAUAGAUUUUGCAGGACCAAUUAAAGGAGAUUUCUUUAUGAUUGUUGUUGAUGCUUAUUCGAAAUGGCCAGAAAUAGUGAACACGAAAACUACGACAACUGCAUUCAUUAUCAGAACAUUAGAAGAAAUUUUUGCAAGAUUCGGAAAUCCCCGAAUUCUUGUUUCCGAUAAUGCAAGUCAAUUUUGCAGUCAAAGUUUUCAAAUAUUUUGCAAACAAAAUGGAAUCGAUCACAUAAGGACAGCACCCUACCACCCGCAAUCCAAUGGUCAAGUGGAAAGGUUUGUCGAUACUUUCAAACGAGCAUUGAGAAAAAUUGAAAGGGGUGGACAACCAUUGGGACAACAGAUUCAGACAUUUUUAGCGACUUACCGAACUACUCCAAGCCGUUAUACGCCAAAUGGAACAUCUCCAGCAGAAGUGCUCCUCGGUAGGAAAGUUAGAACAACUCUUGACCUAUUGUUGCCAUCUCGAGUAGGUCAUCAAGAUAACGACAAUGAUGCUAUACCUUCCAAAUCAUUUGAAAUUGGUGAUAUGAUUUAUUGCCAAGUUCAUAGUAAUAAUAGUUACAAAUGGAAACCUGGAAGAAUCACCGACAAGCUCGGUAAUGUCAUGUAUGAAAUAUCACUUGAAAAUUCCCAGAGAAUUUUGAGAGUACAUGCAAAUCAGUUGAAGGAAAGAUAUGUUAAGUGUUCUGGUAACGAGAAUGACAUUCUGCCCCUCGAAAUUCUGAUGGAAUCCUUUGAGAUAUCUAGGAACCAGGGAAAAAAUAAUGUUUGGCUUGGACUUUAUAAUAAUCACCUAUUUGCACCCUAUUUCUUACCAGAACGGGUUAGUGGUGAAAUUUUUUUACAAUUUCUAAUGGCAGAGCUUGCAAAUAUGUGGGUGCAGUAG